UAGAAUGAACGAGCCGCUUAAAAUUUAUCGUUAUCAUGUCACAUAAUGUAUAUACAUAUCAAUUGUUUACUUGUUAGUGUCGUAUUUAAAACCCAAAAAGGACAAAAUAUUCUUUUAAAGGCAAUUCAUAAUGGCUCAAGGUUCGGGAACAAGUUUGAAAGAACUCACAAGUAAGAGUAUAGUUUCGUUCGCUGAUACAUAUACGAGGAAUGGAAUAAAAGGACUAACUGAUGCAAUUACUGAUAAUCUUGAUGCAUGGAGAAAUACCGAUAUCAACAUUGCAUUGGCGGGAAAAGCUGGAGCUGGAAAGUCUACUUUCAUUAACGCAAUAAGAGGGUUAGACGGUGAUUCGCCUGGAGCAGCUCCCACUGGAACGAUUGAAACUACAACAGAAAUCACUCCUUAUAAGCAUCCUUUAAAUCCAAAAUUAGUGCUUAUUGAUCUUCCAGGAGUAGGCACCAAUCUUUUCCCUAAAGAAACAUAUAAACAGGAAAUAGAUUUUCAAAUGUUUGAUUUUCUCAUUAUUGUAUCGGAAAAAAGGUUUUCAGAAAAUGAUAUUUGGUUGGCAAAAGAAAUUGAAAAAAUUAAAAAGAAGUUCUAUUUCGUUCGCACAAAGUUUGGCUCCGAUCUGAAAAACGAAGAAAGGAAGCGGAACAGGAAUCUUACUUCUGAAGAAAAGAUACUAGUAAAACAAACUAUUCGGGAUGAUAUAGAGGUCAACCUAAAAACGGUGAAUUGUAAAAAGAAUCUUUUCAUCAUCGACAGUUUUGAACGAGGACAAUUUGACUUUCCAGGUCUUGAAGAAAUGCUGAAAAAUGAUACGGUUAAAAGGGAGGCAAUGAUACUUACACUUCAGGCUGUGACAGAGCAGGCAAUAAACGAGAAGAAAACAGUUCUUGAAGGAAGGAUUUGGAAAAUUGCUACUCGUGCUGCGUUUGCACCUCGUGUAAACGAUGCCGAUAUUGCCAUUCUAAAGAACGAGAAGGAAUUCUAUUUAACUCAAUUCAGUCUUGAUGAAGAAUCAUUGAGACAUGAUGCUCAAGUUUCAAACAUAGAAGAUGACCAACUUGCUGAACUUUUCAAAAACAAGAACACAGAAGAAGACAAGAAAAGGGAACAGUCUUAUGUAGAUGAGUUUGAAAAAAUAUUUCCAUUUUUACCCAUUCGGAAUCAUAUCAAAACGUACAGGCUUGGAAAACAAUUUCUACAGGACACACUAAAUAGCGUCGUUGAACGUGCUAUUGAGGUAAAUAGAACAUUAGCUUCUGGCAUUGCUGAGAAAUGUACAGACUGAAAAUGAUAUUUGUUACAAGUUAUUAUUAAAAAGCGUUAAAAACAUUUGUGUAUGUGAAUGCAGAUCUAUAUUAUGUAUAUUGAAUAUGCACAUUAAAUUUUGUAUACAAAGUUUUAAACCUGAUCAUUUUGAUAUAAAGGACAUUGUAGUAAAAUUGAAGAAAGUAUUUGCUUAAUGAUAUA